AGGAUUCAGUGGCCGCUUUGUUAUGGAUGCUCGUAUUUGACGGAAACAUAAUUUUUACCUUCCCUUCGUUCCUUUUUCACCAAUUUCCCUGCGACACCUAUGCAAUCUUUUCUCCAUUUUCCUCGUACUACAAAUUUGCAUGAUCCUCUAACUAUUUAGACACUAAGGACUAAAAAGUAGAAAAUGAAGAUCAAAGUUUUGCACCAUGCUGCCGAGCAGCAGAAAAAGGAUGCAGUUUCCGCUGAAAAUGGUGUUUCGCGGAUCCAGCGCAACCUCGACCCCGCUUUGCACCCCUUCGCACGCGAACGCGAGUACCAAAGAGCCAUGGUUGGUGUGAAACUACAGAAGCUGUUUGCUAAGCCGUUUGUGACGGCAUUGGAUGGUCAUUUUGACGCCAUUCGAGUUUUGAGGCGAAGUAAUGCAGCUCCGAUGCGACUCUACUCUGGAGCAUGCGACGGCGAAGUGAUAUUGUGGGAUUUGGGAUUCUCGAAAGUGCAGACCAGGUAAUAACUACAAUCUUUAGAAUGAAUUAUUGAGCAGAUGCAGAGGUAAACAUGAUGUCUACCUCUAUCUGUACUUUUCAAUUGAGAUGAUUCAAAAACAAGAAAUGCGAUUUUCCUUAUCUUCUGUCCUAGUGUACGAGAAGAUCGAAUUUCUCAAACACCAAACAAAAACCAAACCAAUCACAGAUGGAAAGCACACACUGGUUUUGUGCGGGGUAUCGUAGAGGAGCCUGGCAUUAGCACUAGCAAUUCGCUUUUCACGUGUGGUGACGACAAGUGCAUUCAUUGGUGGGACCUGAGUUCACUUGGCACCAGCGCUUUACAGGAUGAAGACCAGUACGCGGCCUCAAAAACAAACUCUGGCUAUGCUAACAGCAGUAAGGGCAACGUUAUGCAAUUGGGAGGCCCGAGUGGUGCUGGCGCAAGCAGUUCUACAAUUGGUGGAGGUGCGACGACAGGUUCUUCUUCAUCUUGUGAUAGUACUAGCAUUACACCGCGACACACCUGGCGUGCAGCGAGUGCGAUCACGAGUCUGGACCAUCAUUGGUCCAAACCUCUCUUAGUUUCUACUGGCGACACUGUGGAUUUGUGGGAUCGAAAUAUUAAGGCUCAGUCAUUUCAAUGGUCACCAUUGAGAUAGUUGGGGUUGGUCACUGAGAUCGAAGAGGCGACCCCUUCUUGAGAGAACCAACAGGGGAAAUAAACGAAGGGAAAGGGGAGAGCUUUGAAGGGGGUCCCUUCCGUUCAGAGUCAUGAUGACCAUUGAAAGCUGAGCUUUAAAAAUAGGUCUCAGCCGAUUAGCAGCAUCGAGUGGGGAUGCGAUCAGGUGUAUGUGGCAAAAUUCAAUCCGGCGGAACCAUGUCUUAUUGCGGCGACUGCGGCAGACAAUAGCAUCUCACUCUACGACUUGAGGCAAACAACACAAAACUCAGCGAUCAGAAAGGUACUUUUCCUGUCAUUCUAGAAGAAAGCGUAAAUGAGUAAGUUUAUGCAACAAACAGCAUGGUGUUAUUCCAAUUUCUUACGUGUUCGCAGCUUCUGCUUCUAUUCAAGUGUUACCAAAAACUCCUGCUGCUCCACUUUAUCAUGCGUAGUUCAUCCUUGACAUGGGUCUACUCCUGCAUCACAGGUUCUCCUCAAAAACCGAUCCAACGCCUUGUGCUGGAACCCCCAAGAGCCUCAGUAUUUUACUGUCGCCAACGAGAACGGAAACUUGUACACCUUUGACAUGCGCAAAUUGAGCAAUGCCGUGACUGUUCAUGCAGGCCACGUGAUGCCAGUUUUGGAUGUCGAUUACGCACCCAAUGGUCAAGAAUUUGUCUCCGCCUCUUACGACCGCACAGUUAGGCUCUGGUCAUUGCGUGCACAAGGUUCGUAUACGAAUAGUGGACAGCAAGCGCGCGACACGUAUCACGGAAAGCGAAUGCAAAGGGUCUUGGCUUGCCAAUUCUCCACUGAUGGCCGCUUCGUCUUCUCUGGUUCAGAGGAUCACAACGUUCGCGUUUGGAAGUCUAGGGCAGCAGAGAAAUUAGGUGGCGUUUCCUCGGACAGAGAAGCGAAGGCAAGAUACUACCGAGAAAGGCUAGUCGAGAAGUACAGUGCGACGAGGGAAGUAAGCAGAAUUGCGAAACAGUCGCACUUGCCGAAGACGAUUAGGACGAUGGCAGCGAAGCAGAAAAUCAUGAAGGAUGCGAAGAAAAGGAAGGACCAAAACAGGAAAGCACACUCGAAACCAGGAACGACAUUCGAGAACACCUUCGAAAAGCAAAAGAUGCUGCGACACGAAGAAGCAUAGAGAAGAUCAAAGUACUAGAGAUAGAGCAGGAGCAGUCUUCUUUGAUCUUGAGGAUCUUCACUUCCUGCAGCAGCAGCAGUUCCCAUCCACUUCAACAACCACAUUGCAAUAUGAAGAAGAGUUUUCAAUUGACAACAUUGUUUCCAUUCUAAUACGCCAUCUUUGCUUAGUGCAUAUGUCACUAACGAACUUUCCAUCUAAGUCUGACGUCGUGUGUUGAAAAAAAAUCCCGCCAGCUACCUC